AUGGUUUUAUUGUGUGAUUUUGCAGCAAUGCAUAAGAAUCGUUUGCAAGAGUUUACACAGAGGUCAGGGAUGUCAUUUCCUGUGUUUGAAACAGUGAAUGAGGGCCAAAGUCAUGCACCUCAAUUUAGAUCUACUGUUUGGGUGAAUGGAAUGAGUUUCACUUCACAACUCACUUUCUUCCAAUAUAUACAAUUCAAACACGAGACAGAAAAGAAGGAGAACAAAGGUGUCUUAGAGGUUUCCACGGUCACAUUUGAAGAGUGGAAAAACAUGACAGAAGAACAAAAGAGACCCUAUGAAGAGAUGGCACAGAAAAAAGAAGAGGAAGCUGCAAAUCCCGUGAUGGAAGAGGAAGAGCAUAUGAAACUUCAGAAACAUGAAACCUUGCAAUUGCUCAAGAAAAAUUAA